UCUGUGCUUACUUGGAAAAAUGUUUGUCUGACUGCAGGCAUGGAACCCGUUGUGCUGGAGAAGUGGCAGCCACGGCAAACAACUCACACUGCACAGUAGGAAUCGCCUUCAAUGCCAAGAUUGGAGGUGUGCGGAUGCUGGAUGGAGAUGUGACAGACAUGGUAGAAGCCAAGUCUCUAAGCCUUAAUCCACAGCACAUCCACAUCUACAGUGCCAGCUGGGGGCCUGAUGACGAUGGUAAGACAGUGGAUGGACCUGCUUCUCUUGCACGCCAGGCCUUUGAGAAUGGCAUCAGAAUGGGACGAAGAGGUUUAGGUUCAGUCUUUGUUUGGGCCUCUGGAAAUGGGGGAAGAAGUCGAGACCACUGUUCCUGUGAUGGCUACACCAACAGCAUCUACACUAUCUCCAUAAGCAGCACGGCUGAAAGUGGGAAGAAGCCGUGGUAUCUGGAAGAAUGUGCAUCUACACUAGCUACCACAUACAGCAGUGGAGAAUCCUACGACAGGAAAAUAAUCACCACAGACCUGAGGCAGCGUUGCACAGACAGCCAUACUGGAACCUCAGCCUCUGCACCUAUGGCUGCAGGCAUCAUUGCACUGGCACUGGAAGCAAAUCCAUUUCUGACGUGGAGAGACAUACAGCAUAUUAUUGUCAGGACUUCACGUGCAGGACAUCUGAACGCUAACGACUGGAAAACCAAUGCCGCUGGUUAUAAGGUGAGCCAUCUCUAUGGAUUUGGACUGAUGGAUGCUGAAGCAAUGGUGAUAGAAGCAGAAAAGUGGACAACGGUCCCUCCACAGCAUAUGUGUGUGGAGAACACAGAUCGGCAAAUCAAAACAAUACGACCUGACAGCGUUGUCCGUUCCAUUUACAAAGCCACUGGCUGUUCAGAUAAUCCUAACCACCAUGUGAUCUACUUGGAGCAUGUCGUUGUGCGGAUCACUAUUACUCACCCUCGACGUGGAGACUUGGCAAUAUACCUAACCUCUCCUUCUGGAACUAGGUCACAGCUUUUGGCCAACAGGCUAUUUGAUCAUUCCAUGGAAGGAUUCAAAAACUGGGAGUUUAUGACUACUCACUGCUGGAGUGAAAAAGCAGCAGGUGACUGGAUCUUGGAAAUCUGUGACACUCCGUCUCAGCUGAGAAAUUUCAAGACUCCAGGCAAAUUGAAAGAGUGGUCCUUAGUACUGUAUGGAACAUCCAUACAGCCUUACUCACCAAGAAAUGAUUUUCCAAAAGUGGAAAGAAAAGUUGAAGACCCUACAGAGGAUUAUGGAACAGAUGAAUAUUCAGGUCCCUGUAAUGCAGAAUGCAGUAAAGUAGGGUGUGAUGGGCCAGGACCAGAUCAUUGUACUGACUGUCUGCACUACUACUACAAAUCUAAGAACAACACACGGAUCUGUGUUUCGACCUGCCCACCUGGUCACUACAAUGCAGACAAGAAACGCUGUAAAAAAUGCUCACCCAAUUGUGAAACCUGUGUUGGAGGCCACAGUGACCAGUGCAUGACCUGUAAAUCUGGCUACUACCUGAAUGAAGUAACCAAUAGCUGUAUUACCAACUGCCCUGAUGGGUUUUACCUGGAUAAGAAUAAGAUUUUUUGCCGAAAAUGUAGUGAAAAUUGUAAGACAUGUAUUGAAUUCCAAAUCUGCACAGAAUGCAAACAUGGCCUAAGUUUGCAUGGCACUAAAUGUGCUAUCCGCUGUGAAGAAGGAAAAUACCAUAAUGGUAGAGAAUGUGAACCAUGUCACCGUUCUUGUGCAACAUGUGCAGGUGCUGGAGCAGAUGCCUGUAUAAACUGCACACAGGGUUAUUUUAUGGAAGAUGGAAGAUGUGUGCAGUCCUGUAGUAGCGGUUAUUACCUUGAUCACUCUGCUGAAGGUGGAUACAAAAGCUGCAAAAGAUGUGAUGCCAGCUGUUUGGAUUGCAGUGGUCAAGGAGACAGGAACUGUACAAGCUGUCCAAGUGGCUAUAACCUAGACACUGGUGUCUGUGUAGUGGGCACAGUCUGCAAGGAUGCCACGGAAGAGUCCUGGGCCGAAGGAGGAUUCUGUAUGCUGGUGAAAAAGAACAAUCUCUGCCAGCGGAAAGUGCUUCAGCAGUUGUGUUGCAGAACAUGUACCCACAAAGGGUGAACUGACACCUCCCAGCGUCCUCCUGCUCUUGUAGACUUAUAGAUUAAUCCAUAUAAUUGAAAAAGGAAAAAA